GGGAAGUCAGUGCGCUAUCCGUGACUGUGGUCUAGACGAUGUGAUGGAAGAACACGGAGAACACACCAUAACGGCACUGGUCACUUGCAGCCUGAGGGCCUGAGUACGCAGGAUUGAAAAAAGAGAGAGAGAGAGAGACUACUGGAUCUCUCAAGCCCCCCAGAGCGCGCGCACUUUUUCUACUCUGAAAGUAUGCGAUAACUCCACCACUCAGUGACGCAUGAGCGCAGCUCCAAAUCAUGAUUAGAGAAUGAGAUAAGCGCCAACUUUCUUGCCUUGAGCGAAGAAAGGAAAGUUGCCCAUCAAGAUCUCUCCCAUCUCUCCCAGUGUCGGACGUGCGUUUGCGUCGUGCAGGCAAAUGGCUACCGCGAACGAUCGGGCUGUUUUGGAGGCGAUAUUUAAUCCUCUCUAUGCUGAGCUAGGAAUUGUUCCCGUCGACGAAGAAUCGGAAAAAGUCGAAAAUCGAGGCGAUGAUGAUGAUGACAUGGAGGCAGUUCGAGACUUGGAAACGCAGGGUGUUGAAGCUGCGGAGAAAGGAGAAAUAGAAAAAUCUGUUCAGAUAUUCACUAAAGCCAUUGAGCUCGCUCCAAAGAGAGCUUCUGCAUUUAAUAACCGUGCUCAGGCAUUACGUUUCAAAGGGGACGUCGAAGGUGCCAUGGAAGAUCUUAACAAUGCCAUCAACCUAAGUGAUGGACAAGGUCUUGUUGCCCGUCAAGCUUUGUGCCAGAGGGGACUCCUGUAUCGCCUCAAAGAAAGAAAUGAAGAAGCGUUGGAGGACUUCAAGAAAGCUGCGAAACUCGGAAGUCCGUUUGCUCAGACACAAGUUGUCCAAAUGAAUCCGUAUGCUGCCCUCUGCAAUCAAAUGCUCGGGCAAAUGUUUGCAAAAAUACGGCAAGGAGAAGAGUCAUUUUAACGCCGCUGCUGUUGGCUUUCACACUCUGUAAGCCCCGUAUUUGUCGUGUACAUAAAUAUCACUAUCAUUCCU